AUGGAUCUCCUGCUGCUUGUCCUCCUGCUUGUGGCUCCUGCUCACUCCUGGCUGUCACUAGAAGAGUGGGGCUCUGGCCAUGUCGAAGGCUCCGUCGGGGAGUUUGGACAGUGUGUUUGUAAUGUGUUCCUGCCUGACACUUCAUUCCCAGCAGACCGUGUGGAGCACAUGCAGACCACCUCAAAUCAACUGUCUGUAAAGGUCAAGCUCCAGAUCAUCAAGAUCAGUAGUUUGAAGGUUCAGCUGGAAGUUCUUCUCGGCAAUCUCUCCAACCUGACAACUCGUGUGGAGAGUCUGGAGAGCGGACCGGACAAGUACAUCAAACUGGAGUUUGAGCUCCUCCGCAUUGAGCUCAGAGAGUUUGAGGCUCUGGUCACACAACUGAAAGCAUCUCUAAACUCAUCUUCACCGGCCUUCGAGAGUCUCUACAUUGAGAUUCGCAAUAUGAGUUUAAUCGUUGACCAACUGGAGAGCUACGACCGGAGCAACUUAGAAGUGAUUCGCAUCGAGUUCGCCAAACUUCAGCGGAAACUGGAGAAAUGCCAGGAUGAUAAGGAUGACUUCUCUAAUGCAGGAAUAGGGUCCUGUAAGCAUGGAGGUAUUCUCAGAAUGGGAAAGCCUGUCGUCAGCCAGCUGAAUGCAGAUCUGAGUGCAGGUUAUAAGUAUGGAGGAUGGGGUAAAGACUCAAAGCCCCUGCCUGGUUCUGAAAACAUGUACUGGUACUCCGGCUCUACUGACACUCUGGUCAGCAGAAUCACACAGUACUCUGACUACUACAAUCUGAUCAUGAGACAGGGCUUUAAGACACAUCAGCUUUAUGUCCAAUAUAAUUAUGAUUGGCGAGGCACUGGAAACAACUACAUUGUACGGGAAAACAACCUGUACUAUCAGUUCAGAAGCCCUUUUGCUAUGGGAAAGCUCAACAUGACCAGUGUAAAAGUUGAGUAUAAGGUGAUUCCUAUGGCCAGUGCCCAAUUCUCAUAUCAUUACUCAGCCAACCAGAACCUGGACUUUGCAGCCGAUGAGUCCGGCCUGUGGGUAAUCUACGCCACGGAGGAAUCGAAGGGUAAACUGGUUUUAGGGAAGAUCAAUGAAGUGUCAUUUGAAGUAGAGGAGGUUUGGCAGACUAGCAUAUACAAGCAGUCUGUCACAAACGCAUUCAUGAUUUGUGGCGUCCUUUACGCAACCAGGUCAGUAGACACUCAAACCGAGGAGAUCUUUUACACCUAUGACACCAAUAAAAACGAGGAAAGCCAUGUAAGCAUUCCCUUUGAGAAGUUCCAGGACUUUUACAUGCACCUGGACUACAAUCCCACCGAUCAGAGACUUUACAUGUUCAACAACGGUUACUAUGUGUAUUACAAUGUGAAAUUCAAGGUUUCUUAGAUGAACUACUGCUUUCAAAAUGACUUGACAAUGUAAUCCAUUUCAUGU